AAGGUAGCUAUAAGUAGGUUUAUUACUUACCAAAUUUUAUAGUAAGAUGAUGAUUCUGGGAUAUGAUCACUGAUUAUAACCCGCUGUCGCCCCACAACUAUCGCAGUGGUUCUCGGCAAAUAUCUGACUAUACUAUAAAAUACUAUAGCUACACACCUUUUUAAACAAAUACUAAAAAUAAUCAGCUUUUCUUCUCCUCACGUCGAUAUGUUUACUUAACAUCGGAGGAAAUGAACUCGAUGGAGAAUGUAAACGGUAAACAUUCGACAUUCCGGUCAUUCUAGUCGUGCGCAAUAGCAAAGACACAUCGUAGUUUAAUUUACAGCUAUAGAAGAGAAAAUUGUGUUUGAAACUUUGUAUUUUAGUUGUGUGCUGUGAAUGAUGUCGUCGUGAAACCAAAAUGGCAAACUGCAAUAAAGAGUCCAGCGUGAGCAAGACGCCGUGGUGCGAGCGCCUCUUCGGCAAGCAGCUCGUCAAGUGCACGGCGACGCAGGACGACGAGCGCGUCGAAUGCGCUGCCACACUGGAGGACGCCGACGUGGACGUUGUCGCUGUCUACUUUAGCUUCGCGAAUAUCAAUCUGCAAUGCGAUGAAUUCGUGCGCAAACUGCGCGAGUUAUACGCGAAGCUCAACAAGGCCGACGACGCCAAGGCGAAGAAGAAGCGCGUUGAGGUGAUACAAGUCGUCCUGUGGGCGAACAACGACGUCUACGGUGAUUUUGAGGGCUCGCAUCGCGAGUGUCUGGAGGGACUGCCAUGGUUUGCGAUGCCGUAUAGUGAAAUAGACCUAAAGACGAGAUUAUCACGUCGUUUUCGUAUAAAAUCAGGUGUGCCAACUUUAGUACUACUUGAAAGCCGUGACGGCACUACAAUUUCCAUAUCCGCGCAGGAGAGAUUACUUGAAGAUCCAGCAGGAGUGUUUUUUCCAUGGCGUCCACGGCCUGUGGACCAAGUGCUUGCGGAUGUGCAACUACACGCAUGUUGUACAUCCAAUGAAGAUGAAAGUAAAAAGAGUAAUGCCAACACAAACACAAAAGUCACAAUGUAUAAGAACCUCACCGGCGUGAAGGGUUUCUACUUCUCGGCGAAUUGGUGUCCGCCAUGCAGGGCGUUCACACCGCAGUUGGCAGAAGUGUAUCACUCGAUUCGCACACGCGAGGGAUAUGAAGACUUUGAGAUUGUUUUCGUGUCGAGUGAUCGAUCCGCAGAAUCUUAUAAUACUUAUAUUGAUUCAAUGCCCUGGCUGUCGAUCCCUUUCCAACAGUCGGCGAUACGCGCCGAAUUGGCGCAGUUGUACGGCAUUCGCGGCAUACCAACUCUGCUACUGCUCGAUAGCAACGGCCAUCUUAUUACGAUGGAUGCGCGUACUGAACUAUUGGAUGAUCCCGAAGCGUUGCAUUUUCCAUGGAAACCGAAACCAGUGAAUGUUUUAACGGAACGUUAUGGGACUAAGCUGCAUGAUUAUGCUUCGAUUGUUUUGUUUGUUGAUGGUGAAGAUACUGAUGUGCACUUUGCCGAUUCUCUCCUCACACCCAUCGCCACACAGUAUUACAAAUCGCGCCACAUCAACAUCGAUCACGAAUGUGACACCCCGUUGCAUUUCCACGAUGAAUACGUGCAGUUUCUAGUCGCGUCCGAUUCGGACGCCUCGGAUGUCCUGCGUGAUCUCAUCGGCCUGGACGAUGUCGUCCCGUUGUUGGUGGCGAUUGAUUUACCCAAGCGGCGCUUUGCGCUCAUGGAUUACGCGGUGGAGAUUACACCGGAGAGUGUACAGACGUUCGUGGAUGAUUAUGCGCGCGGGGUUUUGCAAUUUGUCGAUAUCAACGACAGCCUGACGCUCAUCCAGGGCAUACAGGCGGCGCAGGAGGCGGAGACGGGAAGACAAGACUAAACUAGGGUUGAAACAGACAUACUGCCAAACGUAUAGGUUCUAAUAUCGCAAAUAUCUAAAAUUUAGUGUCUUAUAUGAAACGUAGAUGCAGACAAGAUGGCCGACGCGACCCAGCUGCGGAAACAAAGCAUUUCAGGCGUGAACAAUAAGUAAGUUUCUAUUUAUUACGUAUUGUAUAAGGUUCAUAAACAAAAACGAGAAACCA